ACACAUUAGGAGACCGCCCACCGCAGACAGCUAAGACCCCCGUAUAGAUUUAAAGAGAGACUGCAUUCAGCGCCUGACGUUCAUUCAAUAGAGCGAUCAUCGCCGGCUGGCUGCUGCUCGCUCCCUCUGCCUGCUCCCCGUGAUACUGUUCCUGUGGCUCUUCCACUCCCUGCUAUGCUGAGGAUGUUAAAUCGGAGGAUCCACCCGGGCAUGCUCUUACUCCUGAUGUUUCUGUGCCACUUCAUGGACGAUCACACAGUGCAGGCUGGGAAUUGUUGGCUCCGGCAGGCGAAGAACGGCCGCUGCCAGGUCCUCUACAAAACUGAUCUCAGCAAGGAGGAGUGCUGCAAGACGGGUCGCCUGACAACUUCAUGGACAGAAGAAGACGUCAAUGACAACACGCUUUUUAAGUGGAUGAUUUUUAAUGGGGGAGCCCCAAACUGCAUCCCAUGCAAAGAAACAUGUGAGAACGUGGACUGUGGACCUGGGAAGAAAUGUAAAAUGAACAAGAAGAACAAACCUCGGUGUGUUUGUGCUCCGGAUUGCUCUAAUAUCACUUGGAAGGGCCCCGUGUGUGGCUUAGAUGGGAAAACCUACAGGAACGAGUGUGCCCUUCUCAAAGCCAGAUGUAAAGAACAGCCCGAACUUGAAGUCCAGUAUCAGGGCAAAUGCAAAAAGACCUGUAGGGACGUUUUAUGUCCAGGCAGCUCCACAUGUGUGGUUGAUCAAACUAAUAACGCCUACUGUGUGACAUGUAAUCGAAUUUGCCCAGAGCCUACCUCCCCUGAACAGUAUCUCUGCGGGAAUGACGGCAUAACUUACGCUAGUGCCUGCCACCUGAGAAAAGCCACCUGCCUACUGGGCAGAUCCAUUGGAUUAGCCUACGAAGGAAAAUGCAUCAAAGCAAAAUCCUGUGAAGAUAUUCAGUGCGGUGCUGGGAAGAAAUGCUUGUGGGAUUUUAAGGUUGGCAGAGGUCGGUGUGCCCUCUGUGAUGAGCUAUGCCCUGAAAGCAAGUCAGACGAGGCAGUCUGUGCCAGCGAUAACACUACUUACCCAAGCGAGUGUGCCAUGAAAGAGGCAGCCUGCUCCAUGGGUGUGCUUCUAGAAGUAAAGCACUCCGGAUCUUGCAACUCCAUUAAUGAAGACCCAGAGGAAGAAGAGGAAGAUGAAGACCAGGACUACAGCUUUCCUAUAUCUUCCAUUCUAGAGUGGUAAAACCUCCAUCACUAUUGGAACAGCCAUUGGGCACGAAAUCAAUGUCCAUACUGUAAAUAAGUGUAUGCUUAUUUAUUUUGGGGAGAAAAAAAGUAUACAUAUAGUUGAGUCUCGUAGACAUUUAUUUAUACUGUGUCAUGUUUUAUAAUUUAUACAUAAAAUGUCUGGUUGACUGUACACCUUGUUUUUUGAAGAAAUUUAUUCGUUACGGGAAGAGCAGUGUUAUUUAUUGUGAGGUCUCUUGCUUGUAAAGUAAAGCUUUUCUUUUUUUCCUGUAAACUAUAAAAGUCCAUUCCUUAGAGCUUACCCACAUGAUCUCAUCUCUUUGUUUCACUGAUGUUAACUCUUUUCCACUUUAACAAACUUGCAUGUCGGUUUCUGUUAUGUUUAUUUAUUGGAUUUUCUUCUUGCCGGUUCUGUACAUAAAAGAUCCCUCGGGUUUUUGUUUACAAGGAAUCUUGACUGACCAAAAGGCGUUGUAACUGACUUAAAUAUACUUCCAGGGUGCAGUGAGGCGAUCUUUAAGGAAACUUCUUCCACUUCACUUUUCUCUGCUUCUGAUCACAUCAUGUACUGAAGUGAUCUCAAUGUGCUGAGCUUAUAUACUGUACUAUAAGAAUUCCGGACCCAAAGAAAUCGGAUUAUGAAGGUUGUUAAUAGCUACAUGGCUAACUGUAAUAAGAAUAAGGUUUUUUGUUUUUUGAUUUUUUUUUGUAACAUGCAUAAAUGUUUUAUCGGGUGUUUCCUUUAAGAUGGUCUUGCAGUACCACUUUCAAAGUUUUGUUUUCCCAAUCAGUGUGUCACUAGAAGUUAUAUCAAAGCUUUAUCAGUUCAAGUUUCUUGCUUUUCAUAAUACUUUUUUUCUGAUGCAAUUUUAUAUUUUCAAACA